AUGGAGGAUAAGGAUUGCUGCAUCUUCAGCCAGUGUUUCUUCUGCACCCCAGACUAUAUCACGCCGGAGACGGCGCAGGUGGCCAACGAGUUCGACGAGGAUGAGGUGGAGAGCUUGAGGAGAACACCCCUUGCCCAAAAUCUCCGGAGAAGUCAGCGAACCAUCGAAGCAAGGUGUACAGAACGAGAGGUUGCAAAAGGUCUACUGAAGUACCAACCAGAUGUAAUUAUCAGUGUACACCCUUUAAUGCAACAUGUGCCCCUCCGAAUUCUAAGAUCCAAAGGUCUCUUGGAUAAGAUCCCAUUCACAACUGUUAUCACGGAUCUCAGCACCUGUCACCCAACAUGGUUCCAUAAGCUUGUCACUAGAUGUUACUGUCCAUCAAUUGAGGUGGAAAAGAGAGCACUAAAAGCUGGUCUGAAGCCCUCACAGAUUAAAGUCUAUGGCCUCCCUGUUCGACCCUCUUUUGUCAAACCUAUUCGACCGAAGGAUGAACAGCGAAGAGAGUUAGGCAUGGAUGAAGAUCUGCCUGCUGUUUUAUUAAUGGGUGGGGGUGAAGGGAUGGGUCCUAUUGAGGCCAUUGCUAAAGCACUUGGUGAUUCUCUGUAUGAUGAAAACCUAGGGGAACCCACUGGUCAAAUACUUGUAAUUUGUGUGCGUAAUAAGAAGCUGGCCAAUCGAUUGCAGUCGAUAAAUUGGAAAGUUCCAGUUCAGGUGAAAGGCUUUGUUACAAAGAUGGAAGAAUGUAUGGGUGCUUGUGAUUGUAUCAUUACAAAGAAGCUCGGUUAUUCUAGCAAAGUGACGAGGAUGGAGGAUGGCAUCCGAAAGGUCUUGGGAGGCAAAUCUGGAUCUGUCACUCGCUCAUCACUGGCUCAAAGAGUGAUAUCAGGAACCCUGCCUGGAUUUGCAGCUUCCAGCAGGUGGUGUCACUGGAGUCAAGUUUCUUUGGGUGAGGAUCAUACAAUUCCAAAGAUCGUAAAACUGGACUUCCAGUCCAAUGACAACCUAAACUUAGGUGGUGUGAAGAAUGUCCAAACUGUUUCUUGUCCUGAUUUGCAUGUUUCAGUCCCCAAAGCUGUUCCCUAUAAAUCAAAAGGCUAUCCUUUGUCUGAAACUACAGCUCCUGAUUUGCAUCUUAGUGAAAGGGAGUCAAAGCAAUACCAGUGUCAAAGGAAUCCUUCCAGGGAAUUUUUUGACUAUGGAGAAGAAGAUGGAGCUCCAACUCCAGUUCCAAAAGAUCUUAGUACAUCUCAAAAUGUUGCCAGUUCCAUUCACACAAAGGUGAAAGGUGUCCCUGAUGGCUUCUUUGAUCACAACAAAACUGGGAGUGGUAUGCAACCCAAUGAACCGAGUUCAGAAACUGCUCAAGCAAAAGGAUCGUUGCCUAAAGGUUUGUUUGAUAACAAAGAUGCAGAUCUCCGUGCACGUGGUAUCCAACCUCAAAAAGUUGACAUGAAUGAUGCGUACAAAGAAUUCGAGAAGGAAAUUCAGGAGGAUUUGCGGGAAGUUGAUGACCGCCUUGAAGAAGAGGAGAUUGAUGCUGCUGCUGAGAGGGAGGAGUACUUGACUCUAGAGCAACAUCGGAAAUGGGUCGGUGGAGAAGUCCUGAAGGCUUUAGCAUAUGAUGUGCCAAUCCCUGGAUACAAGAUAAAAAAUGCAAUCAGCCUUCGUCUUUGGGAAGCAAAAGCUACUGCUGAAGAUUUCAACUUAUUUCAAUUCAAUGAUGGUCAAUAUGAGUCAGCUGCCCAACUUCAUGCUAGAGCCCAACAGGUGUUCUAUCUAGAAAAGAGACUUAUGUCUUUGAGUAUCACAUUGCAGAUAUGUGCCGUUCUUUUCCCGGUGAUGCUACAGAAGAAGGAAAGCUUCUAA